CAGAAACACAUCUGAAGUUUGAGAAUAUUUUGGCCGGUGUCGAUGUAUCAAUAUAUUUGUGCCCGAACAGCAUAUUGUGUAGGCGAUGCACAACAUUCAACUCUCUGAUCAACGGGAAUAUACAUUUUUGUGACUAUUAUAAACACGUGGCUAAUAAGUAUAAUAAGCUAAUAAACGAAUAAGUAGUGUGGUUAACUUGCGAUGGACUCGACCUAUUGACGAAUUCGUGCGGAGGUCCACCCUAUGUAAUAUUGCACUGCGUGCUCUGCGGCGACAGCGCCCGCCCAUCGACUUUUUUUCCUAGCAGAGCAGUGAAAGGAGAUUGAUUUUACUGGAGCAGUCGUGGAGUGUGCACGACCUGCGUACGUUUGGGUAGAGCUAUUGCCGCCGGAGGAAGUAUUUUAUUUACUUUCUCACCAAAGGACUUUGCAUACUGAUUUUUCGUAUUGAUCCGAACAUCUUGAUGUUGGCUGAAUUCUAAAUAGCGCACCAACAAAGCAAGACAUACACACAAAACGCUGGACUCAGGACUCCCUGCUGAGGUGGUUUGUCAUCCUACAGUGAGCGCCUCCGCAGUCUCUCUGUCCGAUGCGUAGGGAAGGGAGAAUGGGCUGGGUCGCCUAGGCGUCUUUUAUGGGCGCAUGUCAUUGACAAUAUGAGAGAUAGCUGAAGGCGAUAGUAGAGACAAGCGACACCGAGUAUACGGAGCCCCGCAUCUCAGAGCAGGAUACGGGAGAUAGGUGAGGGCAUCCCAUAGGCAGUAGGCGGAGGGGAUCUUACUCUCAAGCCAGCCCAGAAGCGUCAAUCCUCGGGGUGCACCAGAGCUGCCCGACGCCGGAUACCGAGUCGGCCGCAGACCCCUCAUUUCCCCUUCAAAACAGACCGAAGUUUUGCGCCUCCAAACGGAUUAUAGGAACGGUGUCUGCGGAUAGAGAGAAACGGGAGACAAUGGGCAUCCGCACGCUCCUUACUGCAUGUGCGCUGCUUGGUGUGAGCGUGGCCCAGAGGGUAGUGACCGUUCAGAGCGGACCACUGGUACGGACGGAGGGCAGUCACGUGACCAUCUGGUGCAACGUGACUGGUUACAAGGAGGGCGUGGAGCAGGACUUUGAGUGGUCCAUGUACCUGACCUCGGUGCCAGACCGCGAGAUCCGCAUCGUGAGCACGGCCCAGUCCAACUAUGCGUACGCCGUGUACGCCCAGAGGGUCAACAGUAAGGAGAUCUGGGUAGAGAGGCUGACCAGGGACUCAGCCCUGCUCCACAUCACCAAGGUCCAGGCCAGAGACCAGGGGCUGUUUGAGUGUUACACCCCCAACACAGACGGACAGUACCUCGGUUCCUACAGCGCCCGCACCAACCUUACCGUCAUCCCCGACUCCCUCGCUGUCACCGCGCCGCCACAGACCCUCUCCCAGGUGGAGGGUGACACGCUCCAGCUCACCUGUGAGGUUUCCCGGGCGACAGAGCAGCACACACACCUGUCUGUGGGUUGGUACCUGCGUUCCUCUGAGGACGCUACCAUGUCGCCCCAGGAGAUCCUCACUCUGUCCCGAGACUUUGUCCUCCGGGCCGGUGCACCUUACAAACAGAGGAUGACUGCAGGAGACCUGAGACUGGAUAAGACCAGCGCUACGUCCUACAGGCUGACCAUCCACCGGCUGCAGCCUGCUGACCAGGGCUUGCUCUACUGCCAGGCUGCAGAGUGGAUCCAGGACCCCGACCGCAGCUGGUUCACCAUGACCCGCAAGCAGGCUGAUAAGACCCAGCUACGGAUACAGCCCAUUGAUCGGGACUUCUCUAUCCAGGUGAGCACGGAGCGGCGGUCCUUCACGGCGGGCGAGCCGCUGGAGCUGCGCUGCACCAUCGAUGCCCAGAGCGUGCCCGAGCGCUUCUUCUCGGUGUCGUGGGUGUUCAGCAGCUCGCCGGUGGCUGUGAUAGGGCCCAGCGCUGUGCCCGUCCUGGGACUCGACUACGUGGCGCGCGAGGCCGCUGGUCACAUGACUGUGCGCAAGGAGAGCCCCACUGUGCACUUGCUUAAGCUGCAGCACCUCCGACCAGAGGAUGCUGGGAAAUACAUCUGUAGGGUCACGGAGAGGGAGAAGACACCCACCGGGGACUUUAUAGAUCGGAGCAAGAGGUCACGCAACGUCCAGAUCACCGUCCAGCCCAUCAAGAGUAACGUCACAGUGUCUUUGUCCAGUAACUCAUCGGAGGUCCAGGAGGGGGACGUGGUCCAGCUGACCUGCUCCAUCCACUCCACCACUGGUCCUCUCUCGGUGGCCUGGCAGUGGAGUGAGAAGCAGGGCUCCACCCCUCCCCAGAACCUGGCCUCCGUAGACCGCGACGGGACCGUCCGACCAGGCCCUGGGUACCGUGAGCGCUCCAGCUACGGGGAGAUCCGUGUGGAGAGGGUACAGGAGGACAUUUAUACCCUGUCCCUCUACAACGCCCUGCCUGGGGACGAAGGGCUGUUCCGGUGCACGGUCACAGAGUGGGUGGAGGCCGGGACAGAGUCCGAGCAGAGUUGGCAGAAGAUAGGGGAGAAGUCAGCUACUAAGGCCAUCACUGUUAAGACCGUGGAAUCCUCCUUUGUGGUGUCGGCGUCGUCGCGGACGCCCAGCGUGACCUUUGGCGACUCGUUUGACCUCCAGUGCCUGGUAAAGCCCCGCCAUAACCCUCGUGUGCCUGCCUCUGUCACCUGGCGCUUCAUGCCCGCCAGCUCGGGCUCUUCUGGGGAGGUUGGCACAGCAGGCGAGUUCCGAGACCUGGUGACGUUUACCCGCGAGGGCACGCUGCAGUGGGGCGAGCAGCUGCUGGGCCUGGGCACCCGCACCACCGUAGACCGUUCCCAUUCCAACACCAACUUCAGGUUGUCUGUGACGCGCGCUGGGCGCAAGGAGGCGGGGACGUAUCAGUGCUCUGCCCUCCUGUGGAGAAGGAACUACGACAACACCUGGAGCAAAGUGGCCAACAGGACGUCCAACCUGCUGGGGAUCAGCGUGUUACAGCCAGUGUCUAAGCUGCGUGUGCAGAAGACCAACCAGUCCCUGGUCUACCUGGAGGACAGCCGUGUGCGCGUCAACUGCUCCGUGGCCUCCCAGACCAGCACCGACUCACAGCAUGCCGUGCUUUGGUACGUGCGCCGCGCGACGGGCGCCGAGGCCGACGAGCUCCUGCUGAGGAUUGAGCGCUCAGGCGCAUUUGAGUAUGGGGCGUACGCAGACGAGGAGAGGUUGAGGCGGCGGGUGCAGGCAGAGAGGAUGUCGCCACAGCUGUAUGCGCUGACACUGAACAGGGCAGAGAGCAGCGACUCUGGAACAUACUACUGCCUGGUGGAGGAGUGGCUCACAGAUCCAGACGGAGCCUGGUACAGACUGGCACGGGAAUCCUCAGGCUUCACACAGGUCCUCGUCAGACAGCCAGAGGUGCGGUUACAGGUGGAGGAGUCCGAGUCUAAUAUCACCGUGUCCCAGUCCAGUUCCAUCCGGUUGGGCUGUAGCAUUCCCUCCCAGUCCUCCAGAGACUCCCGUUUCUCCGUGUCCUGGUAUGUGGAGCGCUCCUCCAUGCUCUCUGAGGAGGAAGAACAGGGGGAUGUUGACGAGGGAAACCGGGCCUGUGUGUUCUCCAUCGGACACGACGCCGUGUUCGGGAACGGGAACUGUAGCCCAAUCGAGGAGGCGGGGCCUAACUCACGCCUGCAGUUUGAGAGGACGACCUCUGACCUCUACAGUCUGACCAUCCAGAGGGCGCGACCCGCUGACGCCGGGCGCUACUACUGUCAUGUGGAGGAGUGGCUGCUCAACCCCCGCAACGCCUGGUAUCGCCUGGCAACCAACAACUCUGAUGUCACCAUCGUCAACGUGAUCCAGCAGGUCUCCACCCUGCAGUCGGUGGUAUGCUCCAACGACUCUCUCUUCUACUUUGUCUUCUUCUACCCGUUCCCAAUCUUCGGCAUCCUCAUCAUCGCCGUGCUCCUGGUGCGCUACAAGAGCCACAGACACAGCAAAUCCCAGGAGAGCAAGAACGGCGCCCCCUUACUGUGGAUCAAAGAACCCCACCUCAGCUACUCCCCCACCUGCCUGGACCCACCCGUCCUCAGCCUGCACCCCGGCUCAGUGGACUAAGGGACAGAUCCAUAUCCCUCAUCCCAUAGUCCUCAUCGCGGACCCAACUAAUACCACGCCAGGGAGGGGCUACUCCGGACCUACACCUGUCUAAUCACUUCUGUGUCCAAGCUGUCAAUCAAUCUGUCCAUCCAUGUAUAAUCCCACCCCCCUGUCUGCCUGUCUGUGAGUUACCCUGUAGCAGCUCUGUCGUGUGGGUGGGUGUGUGAGCAUGUGGAAAUGUUUGUGAGCAUGUGGAAAAGUGUGUGAGCUUGUGGAAAUGUGUGUGAGCUUGUGGAAAUGUGUGUGAGCAUGUGGAAAUGUGUGUGAGCAUGUGGAAAUGUGUGUGAGCAUGUGAAAAUGUGUGUGAGCAUGUGGAAAUGUGUGUGAGCAUUUGGAAAUGUGUGUGAGCAUGUGGAAAAGUGUGUGAGCAUGUGGAAAUGUGUGUGAGCAUGUGGAAAAGUGUGUGAGCAUGUGGAAAUGUGUGUGAGCAUGUGGAAAUGUGUGUGAGCAUGUGGAAAUGUGUGUGAGCAUGUGGAAAUGUGUGUGAGCAUGUGGAAAAGUGUGUGAGCAUGUGGAAAUGUGUGUGUGCUUGGAAUGUGCAGACGUGUGUAUGCAGGACAUGUGUGUAUGCAGGACAUGUGUGUAUGCAGGACAUGUGUGUAUGCAGGACAUGUGUGUAUGCAGGACAUGUGCGUAUGCAGGACAUGUGUGUAUGCAGGACGUGUGUAUGCAGGACAUGUGUGUAUGCAGGACAUGUGUGUAUGCAGGACAUGUGUGUAUGCAGGACAUGUGUGUAUGCAGGACAUGUGUGUAUGCAGGACAUGUGCGUAUGCAGGACAUGUGUGUAUGCAGGACAUGUGUGUAUGCAGGACAUGUGUGUAUGCAGGACAUGUGUGUAUGCAGGACAUGUGUGUAUGCAGGACAUGUGUGUAUGCAGGACAUGUGUGUAUGCAGGACAUGUGUGUAUGCAGGAUAUGUGUGUAUGCAGGACAUGUGUGUAUGCAGGACAUGUGUGUGGUGUGGAAGUAUGAGUGUUUAUCUCUUGCUCUCUUUUUUUUCUUUUCUUUCUCCUUCUCUUUUCUCCCUGUCCAGUGGAAAACUGGAUUUCAUAGCUAUACUUUAUUUAUUUGUAUUUCUCAGAAACAGUAGUCUGUUUUUCAAAAGAUGUGAAGAUCACUAGAAUGGAACAAUCUGGGAACAGGAAAAUGACAAAUCAAGGAUCCUAUAGUAUAGGUGCAUACUGUACUGUUCUGUACUGUGGACCUUGUGAGGAUGAUAAGAAAUGUCUCUUUCUGUGCUCAGUGGACUUUGCACUGAUCUCAGACCAGUUACUACUUGGCCUUAUAUGUUAGUUACCAUAGCGAAGGUCCUCCUCCCACCGACUCCAGAGCUGUGGACUGGACUGCCACAGAAACACUGAAACACAAAGGCAAUCCCUGUGGCUUAGAAGUGGUCUGUGUGUGUGAGACAAUGUGUGAGAGUGUGUGUGUUCACCCAUCUGUUUCCUCAGUGUGUUUGCGUUGGCAGACAGAGACAGACCUGGCCAACCCAUUGAACACUGCCAGACACCAGGCAUCAGUGUGAAUGCACUGCUCCUCCUCUCCAAACAGAGAGAGAAUGAGGGAAUGAGGGAGGGAAAGAGAGAGAGAGAGAGCGAGAGAGAGAGAGAGAGAGAGAGAGAGAGAGAGAAGGGAGGAGGAUAAAUGAACUUCUCUGUCCUGCUAAGGGCAUACUUUUGACAUGAAGGAUAUUUUAGUGCCAAUACCUUCUUAUUACACGCUUCCCUCUGCAACAAAUGUUUGAAGUUUAAAGCGGGCGAGCAAAGCCGAUUGGCUCUGAGGCACUCUGUAAAUAUGGCUACCGACCCCCUGCUGGAGGAUUAUGGGCCUUGUAGGCAUAAAGUGAGAUUUUUACGCUUAUGUUAAACCAGUUGAGCCGUUUUUGGCAUAAAUGUGUUCACACAGUGGAAAUUAUUGACUGAAAUGAAAUUCUCUGCCAUUUUAAACGUUGUCUGCUAUUACUACCCCAUGCUAUCUUUAAUAGACUUUAAUUAAUGGAAACAAGCUGUUCAGCUCUCAGAAAAUCCUGUAGAGGGGCGGUGAGACACAACACAUAUCAUCACUAGAGGGAUGUGUAGAAGUCAAGUACAUGCAGCUUACCACGCACGCACGCACGCACGCACGCACGCACGCACGCACACACACACACACACACACACACACACACACACACACACACACACACACACACACACACACACACACACACACACACACACACACACACACACACACACACACACACACACACACACACACACAAAGAGAGAGAGAAACAUACUCCCAGCUAUUUGGACAACGCAUAGAGAAUACAAAAGCAUCCCCAAAAAACAGCAGAUUAACAACACCAACACACCAUUCUAAUGAAUUUCAAGUGGGCAAUUUUAUUUGGAUUUUUGAACCUUUCAUUUAGAUGUUUUAUUUAUACUGUUUUGCAUAGUUUAUGUACAUUUUCUUUUUGUUUUGAAAUUCUCCAAGAACUGCUCUUCUACUUGUGUUGCCAGGCAACCGCACCACACAGAUACAAAAUCAUGAUAACCCUUUUGCUGUGUGUCCAUAGUAACAGGCACCGAAAUGUCGUAGAUAUAGAAAUGCUAGAUUUCUUCUGCACGCUCAGUGGCAUCACAUUGAAGAUUGUCAUGUAUGGGCCAGUGUCAACACUGUAUUAAUGAACUAACUAAAUGCUCUAUACCUGUAUUGGAAACCUAGCAGCUUCACUAUAGUAGUAUAUACAGUAGAUUAACAGCAACAGAGUCACACAAUGGAUCCACUUGAAGCUUUUUCUCAUCUUGUUUAUUUAUUGAAGUGUACCUUGGCACCUAGUUAGGAUGUGUGAGCUCCAUAGAAAUGCAUUAGACAAACGGCCAUAGACUCUGGAGUGGACUGGACGGAAACCUUCCUCUUUUGGACUGUGGACUGGGUGGGGAGCAUGCUCUCUGGUUCCCCCUGACCUGCAGUGCGCACGGCAGAAGGGUUGAGAAUCUAUGUCACAUUCCCAAAGUAUGGAAGUGUGACAUUCCUGUUGCGUAAAAUAACCCUUUCACUGCCAGACAAACUGAAAGCUCUCGUCAUUCUCUUCUCAAUCGUGUCAAAAUGUAUAUUGCAUGACAAUAUUGCAGGAGGCAUUUUGAUGUUUUGUAACCUUUGAACUCUUGAGCGUUGUGUUUGUGUGACAGAACAAUGCUAAGCCCUUCACUUCCUGUGCCAAGUGUCAGACGGAUCUAUAGAAGAGGAAGUUACUUUCAACUGUAGGUUUAUGGGGGAGUUUUUUUAAUUUAUUUGUAUUUGCCAUUCAAAUCCUGAGAUGGCUAAAGCCCUCAUCACGUGUGUUGGUUGACAGCUAUAGAACAGUGCAUUCAAAAUGUAUGUGGGUUUUCUAUAAAUAAUGGGGCCAAUGUGUGACUUUGUGAUCAAAAUUAUGUUCAUGCAGUUCCACAUGUGUACUUAGAGGAAUAAACGUGAAUAUAAGCAAAUUGGCCCUAUACAACAACAUGACUGUAUAAGCAUGACAAUUCAAAUUCAAGGACUUUCAGAAACUUUUCUAAGCACUUAAUUGUAAUUUUUAAGGAUCUCAACGUUAUACAACUGUAUAAUUUAUAUAAUGUACAUAUAAGGCCUAAUAUAGAACCCCCAAAAGCAUGCAACAGGUGUCAAAAAGGUAGAUCAAACAUAUUCUAGUUAUUAUUACGUUCUAAAAUAUGAGAGAAUGUGUACAUUUCCUGACUAAAUAGAUGGGUUGUAUGGCCAUGUUUCUGUAGUCUAUGUGGCCGACGCAGGCUCACAUAAUAAAGCCAUGAAUAGCGGUAGCAUUCAUCUCUCCAUUUGAAUCUCCCCAUCGCUGUUUUUAUCAUGAGAAAGUGACCAAAAAACAGGUUCCUUUUUUAAUGGAUGGAAUUGUAUGGAAAGCCAAGUUGUAGCCAACAUUAGAUGUUGUCCUCCGCAUAAUUACCACAAGUGGUUUUGCCAAAACAGAGUAGGGCAACACCCUUCAAAUGAAGCUGCAGGAAACUAACAAAAGUGGCCUCUCGCUCACAAAAACUGAUAUCUCACAAAAACGUAAAAAUAAAAUCACACAUCAUUAUAAGGGUGCAGGAGAACUUAUAAAUUGGCAAUAAUAAUUACAAUAACAUUUCAAGUGCCAAACUGAUUUUCAAGGUAGUAGGCCUUGAAGGUAGUAGGUUUUAAUUUCUGAACUCCAAAUUCAAGUUCAAGUAGGCUUCUACUUAAAAUUGCAGGUGUAACAUGGAAACCAAAAUGUAUUAGUCCUGUUUUUUCAUUACCAGAUCAUAUUGUCAAUAAGCUCACCAGGCUAUGUCAUUUGUUGUCAUUAUAUCCAGAAUAAUGAAUAUGAAUAGAGUUGGGUGUUGCACAAUACUCUAUCCUACACAAUUGCGCACUUUAGACUUAAAAACAUCUGAAAACAAGAACACAUUACCUUGAUGCUUUCUCUGUUAAAUCUAAAGAGACCCUGCUGUAAAUCAAGCAGAGAAUCUAGACACAACUGUCUUCACCAGCAUAAUGAAUGAGAGCUCCCGAGUGGCGCAGCGGUCUAAGACACUGCAUCUCAGUGCUAGAGGCAUCACUACAGACCCUGGUUUGAUCCCGGGCUGUAUCACAACUGGCCGUGAUCGGAAGUCCCGUAGGGCGGGGCACAAUUGGCCCAGCUUCGUCUGGGCUAGGGGAGGGUUUGGCAUGGGUAGGCCGUCAUUGUAAAUAAAAAUUUGUUCUUAACUGACUUGCCUGGUUAAAAAAAGACAGAAAAAUAUUCUGGACAUUCCUUGCAAUUAUCUUUUUUCCAGCACUUGCACCUUGAUCACACCUACAGUGUCAUUGCGCAAAAUGGUACGCAGCAUCAUCUGGAUGUGUGUACAACAAAGAUCAACAUGCACCUUCUGCUAGCGUUUCUGUCAAGCUGUCUACGCAUACAGUUUGAUGCAUAAGUUCGAUUUAUCCAAAGUAUGCACAACACCGAAUGCACUGCAAUGCAAUUCUGCAAGGCAAAUGCAGCGUUCCAUUGGAAAUGAAUGUACUUCUGGUGUACCAAAAUGCAAUGAUGCUGUAGGUGUGAUUGAGGUGUUACACACGAUGUCCACCAGAUGCAUACAGUAUGCAUUUAGUUUUUCUGGACAUCUUGCCCACAUUUUCCAUACUUGAGGUACAUGUGCUUCACUUUUCAACUAGCUAAAAGCUAGCUAGUUGUAGUCUGUGUGUGUGCUUCCAUUUAUACCUCUGCACGGUAAAGCAACGCACAAGUUGAAAAUAUUGAACACAUGCCUAUCACAACAGCUGUUCGUCACUUGACUAUCAUUCAGAAAAUUCCUACCUGGAUCAAAUGAUGAUGUGUGAAAAUAUCACGGAACUAAUCAGCUGGACACCAAAUGCGCAUCCCCACAAGUAUUAUGCAUAAUUAUUGAAGAACCAUGUUAAUGACAGUAUCGACUUCAGGUUUUAAGUAUCAAGGUAAGGUGACUCUUUCGGUUAGAAGUAUUCUAUUUUGCAGUGCAUACAUUAUUUUGGAUAUGUGCCCUUGAAAACUGUUUUCACCCCAUAACAUAAGGACACAAAAUGUUAUGGAGUUACACUGCAUUUCUGAGAUCUCUACAUAAAAAACUGACAGCUAGAUCCAGGAUUCUUACAGGGCUCAAGUUCAAUGUCUAAUAUAACUGAAUAAUUUGUGCUUAAAAUGAAUAUAACGAACACUUACACUGCCAUUAAUGCAAGGACAGAAAAUGUAUGUUUUAUGUCACACAAUUUUUUAAAGUACAUCAAGACACCAACCAUGAUAAAGGGUUAAAGCAGGGGUGUCAAACUCGGGUUUUUAGUUAUGCUUUUCAGUUAAGAGCUAGAUAACCAGGUGAGGGGAGUUGCUUACUAAUUGGUGACCUUCAUUUAUCAAUCAAGUGGAAUGAGUUUCACACGUGGGUUAAAGGGAUACUUUGGGAUUUUGGCAAUGAGAUCCCUUUAUUUACUUCCCCAGAGUCAGAUGAACCCAUGGAAACAAUUUGUAUGUCUGAAGGAAGUUCGCUAGCAUUAGCACAAUGACUGGAAGUCUAUGUAGAUAGUAGAUAACUAUGAUCUCCCUUAGAUGUUAAUGUAAUGACAUGAAAUGAAUUGGCAGAUUAUUAUCAUUGGCUUAUCAACAGCUGUAACAACUUGUCCAGUGUAGGAAAUCCUCACUGGUACCCUUGUUUAUAAAAAGAGCAUGUAUGGGUGUUUAGAACCAGGAUAUGCUAGCUAGUGAGGUCAGCAGCACAUUGUUACCAUAUAGUCAGCUCUAGGCUAGAUCUAUGCAUCACUGAGUUAGAUGUGUUGUUUUUAGCCAGUUGAAAGAGUAGUUCAAGGCAACUGUGCAGAACCCUGGCCUGAACCCAGUACCUGGUCCAACAUCAGAGGUGGACCCUCCAUCUUAAACUUCACUUUUUCAUUGGUUUUGCCACAAUUCCGUCAUAAAGGAAUUUGACAAUCCCAGGAUCCCUGACUCUGAACCACGAAGUGGAGGGUUGGUGUGUGAUGUCACAGUGCCACCGUGAUUGAAGCUGUACAGUCGUACUCUGAAUGGUGUUUUUGUAGUAAUCCACAUCCCUAGACGCCUCCUUAACGUUAUCCAGACGUUCUGAGGGUGUUGUAGCUGUGUUACGAGGGCUGCAUGUAGUGGCUGUGUGCUGGCUACAGAUGUAGCUGUAAAAGAACUUUGUGGUGACGUGUUCAGUUCAACCAGUGCUGCUUUUUUCCAGUGAUGUAUUUUUAUGUUCAUUUUUUUAUCUAUGAGAAAUAGUGCACUGAAAUUAAAAGGAAGGCCAUAGCUUUUUUAAAUGCUUGUGUUUUUUGUUGUAUGACAUGUUUUUGUAGAUUUUAAUUUUGUGUAUAUAUAGUCACAUCCCAAAUGAUUGGCACCCUUAAUAAGGAUUAGCAAAAUACUGUAUAAAAUAAAUACAAAUACUGAGCUACAUUGUAUGCUUUAUUUUUUUUUAUUGUGUUAUUUUAUACUAAUACAAUUGUUAGGAUUUUUGUUUAACAAGUACUACCUUCUCUUUAUUUUAAGAUAGGCCCCCUGUUUCCAAUACUUUGUGCACCCUCUCCUGGCGAGGAUAACGGUGCCCUUGGGGUUAUUGUCUUGGCUAAAAUAUCCUGGUAUUUGGUAGACUUCAUGAUGCAGUUGACCUUAACAAGGGCCCCAGGACCAGUGGAAGCAAAACAACCCCACAACAUCAAAGGUCCAUCACCAUCAUUUACCGUAGGUAUUAGGUUAUUUUCUGCAUAUGCAUCCUUCAUACGAGGCCAAACCCACCACUGCUGUGCUUCAACUGACAAUAGCUUACGGUUCUAAUCCAAGUGCCAAAGCCAUUUAGCAGACAAAGCAUUUACAUGUGUUGGUUGCUCUCAAUGGAGGCUUUUUUUUGGUCACCCAUUCCAAAUAGCCUAUUGGCAUGGAAGUGGUGUCUAAUUGUAGAUUUGGAGACUUGUUAACCCCGACCAAGUUCUUUAAUUCUUCAACUGUGGACUUUUAUUUUCCUCCUGAACCAUCUUCCUCACUGUUCGUGGGGAUAAGAUACACUUGAGUCCUCUACCAGGCAAGUUUAGUAGUGUUCCAGUUGUUUUAAAGUUCUUAAUUUUUGCUUUAACAGCGGUAACUGGUAUAUGUUUUUGUUUGUUUGUUUAUUUGUACCCAUUACCUGAUUUAUGAGUCUUAAACCAUUUGUCCCCUUUCAUUCAUGAGUUCUUUUCACACACACACACACAAUUCUUUGCCUUUCCCCACGUUGAUGGAAGACAAUGGAAUUUUACAUGUGUUUUACCUCAUUUUUAUACCCCAGUGAAACAGGAAGCCACGGAAGGCCACAAUACAGUUCCUUAAACUGAGAUUAACUUUUAAAAAGUAGACUGUUAAUGCAGAUACAUUUAUUAGAAUUUGAAAUAGUAUAUAAGAAUCUUUAGGUGUGGCAAUCAUUUUCACAAGUGUCUUUUUUAGAGUUAUUUUAACUUGUUAAACAAUCCUUCUCUGAGCAAAUGUAUUAGGAUGAAAUAAAAUGUUCUAUUUUGAUGAUGAUACAAUAUAUGUAUUUUAUCUUUAUCAAGGGUGCCAAUACUUUGGGAUGUGACAUUAUAUUCUAUUGAAUAGUAACCAUAGCUGUCAUUAGAAAGGCACUUUGCUAUUCUGUCAGUUUAUUGCAAUAAAAACAUGUUAAGUGCAACCUUCAGUGUUGACAUUACUCCUGACCCUUCCAUAUGUUUCUGUCUAUGAACCUCCUGACGGACUAUUUCUUUAAUACAAAGAUACUCUGAGUUGUUGUAUUUAUUUUGAUUAAAGGAAUUAUUCUCUAUGCA